UUCAUCUCACCUCUAAACAGUCGGAGAUCCCUCUCUCCCUCUCUCUCUCUCUCUCUCUCUCUCUGUGUCUUUUUCUUUUUACUUCUCUUUUCUCUGUCCUCUUCUCUCUCUCUCUCUCUCUCUCUCUCUCUGUCUCUUUCUCUCUGUCACUUCUGCGUCGGCUCCAGGCAUCCGUUGGUCGUCUCGUUUCAGCUGCUCUGCCGAAGCUUCUGCGAUCCAUUCAGAACCCCCCUACACACACACUUCAGACGGGCUGCAGAGAUGGCAAUGGACAGCAUUCUUAGCGCUGACGACAUCAAGAAGGCCCUUGAUGCUUUCAAAGCUGCAGACAGCUUUGACUAUAAGAAGUUCUUUGAGAUGGUGGGACUGCGGGCCAAGUCUGAUGAGGAGAUCAAGAAGGCCUUCCUGGUCAUGGACCAGGACAACAGUGGCUAUAUAGAGGAGGAGGAGCUCAGGUUUGUCCUUAAAAGCUUCUCUGCUGACGGCCGAGACCUUACUGAUAAGGAGACUAAGGCCUUCCUUGAAGCAGCUGACAAGGAUGGAGACGGCAAGAUCGGUGUGGACGAGUUCACUGCCCUGGUGCCAGGUAACCGUCUUGAUGACCCCCCUCCACCCCCAUCUGUUGACCCCUCCCACACAAGCCUCGCGCUGCUCACUCCCUGA